CAGUUGCACACUGCACCCACCGCCGGACCACCCUCUCUCCAUCUCCCCCACCCCACCAAAGCAACUAACUUCCUAACGGCUACAUUUCACCUCUCUCUCUCUACCCAACCUUGUUUGGCAAAAUACAAGAGGAAGUAGAAAACAUGAAGCAAUUUGUACCUUCUAAGAGUGUCGAUUCCUUUGGUUUCGUAACGAUUGUCACAAACACAAACCCCCCUUUCAAUUUAAAGGAAGAGAGAGAGAGAGAGAAUCACUGGAUACCCCCCAAAAACAUGAAUAUAUUUGAUGCAUUGCAGGUCUCCGCAAAUUAAUCUCCUUAUUUGAAGGGUUUUUAUCCAUUUUGGGUCGACAAUACGCGAACCCAUUUGAGCUAAAUGUAGGGGAAGUCAAUCCCCUAUCUGUUGACCCAUUUCCCCCCAAUCAGGGGUCGAUCUGGGUUGGUUUUGUCCCGUCCCAUGAAUUCGCUCUGACUUUUGAUGGGUUUUGGGGGUGAUGGGUUGCGUUAGUUCGAAACGGGUGAGGUCUCCUCCCCCUGCUUUCGAUUCCUCCACCUCCACCACCACCUCCUCCACCUCCACCAACACCGUCAAUGUUCGCCGCACCAAUGCCUCUUCUUCUUCUUCUUAUGCCGAUUCCUCCUUGCUUACACGAGGAGGUGUGUUUGGGGAAUUGGAGAAGAUAAAGGAGGAGCCUGAGAAGGAGAAUGAAGAGGAAUCGGAGGACAACCAUACUCGCGAAUUGAAGCGAUCCAAGUCCACAAAGAAAGGAAGUUCCGAGAAAAAAGCCAUUUUCAGUUUGAGAUUUGGAAGGUACACAGAAGCUGAACAAAUUGCUGCCGGUUGGCCCGCUUGGCUCAGUGCUGUUGCCGGCGAGGCCAUUGACGGAUGGCUUCCCCUCAGGGCUGACUCUUUCAAGAAAUUUGACAAGAUUGGACAAGGGACAUACAGCAGUGUGUACCGUGCACAUGAUGUUCAAACUGGUAGGGUAGUUGCUUUGAAGAAGGUCAGGUUUGACACUUUUCAACCAGAGAGUGUCAGGUUUAUGGCUCGAGAAAUUAUGAUUCUUCGCAGGCUGGAUCAUCCAAACAUCAUGAAAUUGGAGGGGCUAAUUACUAAUCGAUUAUCAUGCAGCAUAUACCUUGUAUUUGAAUACAUGGAACAUGAUCUUUCUGGACUACUAUCAUAUUCUGAAAUUAAAUUUAGCGACGCUCAGAUCAAGUGCUACAUGCGGCAGCUAUUAUCUGGACUUGAGCAUUGUCACUCACGAGGAAUAAUGCAUCGAGACAUCAAGACGUCCAAUAUUUUGGUAAACAAUGAAGGAACAUUAAAGAUAGCAGAUUUUGGAUUGGCAAAUUAUAUUAGUGCAAGGCACCGGCAAGAUUUAACCAGUCGUGUAGUGACUUUAUGGUAUCGUCCUCCUGAACUUCUGUUGGGAUCAACAAAUUAUGGGGCUUCUGUGGAUAUGUGGAGUGUGGGCUGUGUCUUUGCCGAACUUUUUAUUGGCAAGCCUAUCCUUAAGGGGAGAACUGAGGUUGAGCAAUUACACAAAAUCUUCAGGCUUUGUGGUUCUCCACCUGAUGAGUACUGGAAAAGGUCUAAACUUCCUCUUGCAAGUAUGUUCAAACCCCAGCAUCCUUACAUAAGUUCUCUGCGAGAGAAGUGUAAAGAAUUCCCAAAAAGUGCUGUGAACCUCCUCGAAUCUUUUCUUUCCAUAGAACCUCACAAGCGUGGGACUGCUUCAUCUGCCCUUGGUUCCGAGUAUUUCACUACAAAGCCUUUUGCAUGUGAUUCGUCAAACUUGCCAAAAUACCCGCCUAGCAAAGAGAUGGAUGCAAAAAUUCGUGAAGAAGAGCGAAGAAGGAAGGCUAGUGGCAGAAUACGCACAUCUGGAAUUUCAAGAAAUUCAAGAAAAAACCAUAAAGCUUUGCAGGAACCAAACUCUAUCUCUAAAAUGGACCGUGGAAAUGCAUAUGUUCUCAAGGCAAAAGGAGUCACUGAGUCUCGGGAGUCAAUGUCAUUGUAUGAUACAGUGUCUGAAGCUUCUCAGGCAACAGAGGUAUCUCAAGUAGACAGCAUUCGCUCAGUUCCGGUGAUCACUACAAUAAGUGAUUUUUCAUGGGCCAAAAAACAAAAAGGCAAUCCUGUCUCCACAAGAUUUCACAGACAGGGCAGUUCAAAAGGUCGAAAUUUGCAUGAUGUAGACCUGCCCAGCAUUCUGCAUGCAAGGAAUACCUCAGCCUCUGAGGAGCAAGAGAGUGAAGAAUUUUCAAGCAAGGUUGACAUUGAUUUAGGAGACAAUGAAUCUUAUGAGGUUGCCAAGCGUACGACGUGGAGGCAACACAGCCAACCUUAUCGGCCAGAGUCUUUCAAUGAUUCUGAUUUGUACCAUUCUCAGGAAUUUUCGGUGCAUUACAAUGAUAAAAAAGAAAGAACUCAAUACUCAGGACCAUUGGUAUCUCGGUCAAAUAGACUUGUUGAUGAGCAAGAAAAUCAUAUCCGGCAAGGUGUUCAUAGGUCACGGUUUUACAGAGGCUAGUAAUGGAAAGGAAUUGGGAGUCCGAGAUGCUCACAAACUGAGAGGAGAUUAGAACUUCAUGGCCAAACUUCACGAGUCCCCCCAAAAAUCGGAAAGUCUUUUCCAUCUCCUCCAAUUGAGCAGAUUUGAGCUGUUGCUUUGCUAACAUAUAUGAAGUGAAAGAAAAGGAAGUUAGUUAAUUCAUGAAGUGUCAUAAAAAUGCAUAAUUAGAAGAGAGAAUGGAGUCACCAACAAAGGUAAUGUAUAAAUGAAGAGUUGAUUGAGCAAAAUGUUGUGAAUGGGUGGUCCCUUCAACAUGGGAAAAAACAGGGUGGUUUCAACUUCCAACUGCUUCGGAGACAAGGCAUGUAAAUAAUGAGUUUUUUUUGGUAGUGGCCAAACCCACCCUUACUUUGUUAAUGUAAUUGAGUUUCCCUUUCUCUUCUUCUUCUUCUUCUUAUUUCUUUUUCUUUUUUCUUUUUUCUUUUUUAUAAAUUUCUCCCCUUGAUAAAGAAGGCUUUCUAUUAUAUCACAUCUUCUUUUCAUUUC